AUGUGCAAAGCUGACACUCUCCUGCACACGCUGAAACUCUCGGAUUCGGACGCGGGGCAUUCCUCCUACUUUAACCCUCUACAUUUGCGGCACGACCUCUUUUCCGGCCAAGUACCUUGCCUUCGGACCCUCGAGAUUCGCCAACUUUCCGUCAAUUGGGAUCAUCCCGUCUUCAGCAAGACACUCACCAGCUUGAUCGUCACCGAAGGCAGUCAUGGUGGCGGCUUUGAACAGCUAUUGUCUGCGCUGGAACAGAUGACAUACCUAGAGUGCCUGCUACUUGAAGACGCGAUCCUGUCGGUUGGCAGCCGCACAGCGUCUCUACCUGCGCCCUCUCGUACCAUCGCGCUUCCGCUCUUGGGUUUCAUUCACCUCAACGGGAUCGCAGUUGACUCUGCGAAUCUUCUUCGUCACCUCUACCCGGCGAUUGAUACUGAGCUGGAGAUCAUCACCAGUGUCGGUCAAGAUGUGGUACAAGACCUUGUCACUAGUCUCGGAUCGCAGCUCAACCAAACCGUACCGCUUCGCACGGUAUGCCUUGCGCAAAUGGAAGGUCCAAAGCUAAUCCUCUCCGCUUGGCGCAGGGACAUCGACUUCCACAAGUGGCACAGCUACAUUUCCGAUCGUGUGGCUCCUAUACACCUUGAUCUAUCUUCGCCAGUAUCAUCUCAGGGCACCCGAAGACUCUUCUCAGAGUUGCCUUUAUGGAGCAGCGUCCGGUUCCUGCAGGUGGAGGCGAAUUCUGGUCAAAGGUGGGCAUGGCGAGAUAUUAUCUCUAAUAUGCCUAAUCUACGCGUUCUUGGCGUCCUCCACGGCGUUGAAAACUCUAUGCUUGACGCUCUCUCUGCUGCACACCCCGCAGAGAACGGCGGCACUCCAUCGGUCGCGCUUCCACACCUCGAAGUCCUGGCUUUCCGGUAUACUCCCCUAGCACGCCAUGUGCAGUACAUGGCAAGAUUCUUCCACAAGCUCAUCGACUGCUUGAUCCUCAGAUGCAAUUACGACCUCCCAGUACUGCGGGAGAUCGUCCCGGAGGUCGUAUGGGAUGGCUACGUCACCAUGGAAGACGAUGAUGAUGACUACAUCAGAGACUACAUCCCUUCAGAUUACUACGAAGACCGUGACUACGAAGACGACGUUGGGUACUAA